GGGGGUUGUGCGGAGGGGGGGGGGGGUGCGUGAACUUGAACGCUGCCUCCACAGCUCGCUGCGCGUCCAGGCAGCGGACAGUCGCUCCCAUCACGUUGCGUCCGCCACCCGCGUCUCUCCGCAACUUAUCGCAACGAGACGGAUUUCUUUUUUUUUAUUUGUUUGUUUGUUUUGUUUUUAAAAUAAGAGGGUUGUUUUGCUGUCCUCGCCGUCGUUGUUUGGGACCGAGAAGAAGGUGCUCGACGCGAUGUCCAGGCGCAAACUUGGAAGCAGACCGCAGCACCUGAGUGCAAUCCAAGAUGACACCGGCCCGGCGAAUGUCGCCACUUGCCCCGACGACCGGCCUCCGCCUGCUCCACAGGUCCACGCUCCCGGUGAGGGUCGUGACCUCUUGACCUGCGGCCAGUGCAGCCGGGCCUUCCCCCUCGCCCACAUCCUGGCGUUCAUCCAGCACAAGCAGGGCGCCUGCCGUUCCCAGGACCAAGCCUCAAACGCCAAUGCCACGCCCCCCUCGCCGGCCAACCGGGCCCAGCAGCACACCGACAAUGGCGAGCUUGGACCGGCCUUCAUCGAGCUGAGGAGAGGAGGAGGAGCCUGGGGGGAGGAGCCCGGCGCGAAGGCGGAGCACGGCGGAGCAGGAACCGAGGAACCUUCUUACUUCACCUGCCAGCAGUGUGAAGGCUUGUUUCCUUCUGCAUGGGCGCUCUUACAGCACGCUCAGCACAUCCACUCCUUCAGCAUCUACCAGGAGGAGGGGGAAGAAGACACGGACAUGAGAGGAGGAAGGAGAAGAAAAAGAAGAGAGGGAGGACUCAAAGCGCACAAGCCCGCUACGGCCACACUCGACCCGUGUCACCUGAGCCAAGCCCUCGCUUCUGCCUUCCAGCCCUCCACGCUGCGCCUCGGACGCUCCCGUCAGACGCACACCUCCUCCUCCGCCUCCGGCAACAUGCAGGCCCUGAACUUUUCCGUGCGGCUCAGGGAGCUCGCUGAGGGGAAUAACGACAACGCCGGCAGCUCCCCCGGAGGUCUGAUGCUUUCUCCGUCCUUUUCUCCACCGGCGGCGUCUCCCUUCCCUCAAACCCUCAAGUCUGACUUUUCCUGCGAGCUUUGUGACCAUAACUUCCUGUCCCAGCAUGCCCUGUCCACCCACCGCCGGACUCACUCCUGCAACCGGCCCUAUCACUGCGGAGUGUGCGGGCAGGCCUUCGCCCAGAGUGGCCAGCUGGCCCGGCACAUAAGGAGCCAUCACAGGGACGCCGCAGGCGGAGGCGUCGGCUACGAGUCGGUGGAUAUGGUCGUCAUGGAGGAGGAUGCAGGGAGGCACGGGAUGAGAGGCAGGUUUCAAAUGCAGGGCGCCGGUAUCGCCAUGGGAAAGGCAGCGGGCGGCGCAGAGACGAGGCCCCAGGGUCCCGCCGAGCUCGACCUGGCCGCGCCCAAACAACCGUCCAUAGCGUCAGGCCUGAUGCUGCUCACCUCGCAGGUGCGACCCGCGGACAGGGAGCUGCUGAGGCUGUACCAGUGCCAGAGAGGUGGGGAAGAGGAUGCGGAGGUGCGAGGGGAGCCUCGGCACACCUCCCCCUGCGCCAGCCCCUCCGAAGGCUCGCUGGAGAGCGGAGAGACCGGGGGCAGCGGGGAGAGCGGCAUCGCCAGCGGCAACUGCACGCCCAAGCGGCCCGAGAUGGGCGAGCGAGCGCGGGGCGUUGCAGAGUGGGAGAACGAAAGAGGGGAGAUCACGGAGAGGGAGACGGAGUGGAGCUCGGCCAAAGUCAGCGAGGUCGUGCAGGAGUGGCAGAGAGAGAACGAGCGGCGGAGCGUUGGAGGAGUCGUCAGCGGCGGAGGGGGAAACAACAACAACCCCGCCGUCGGUACUACCGCCGGCUCGGCCGGUAAGAAGAAAAAAGACGAGGCCUGCGAGUACUGCGGCAAGCAGUUCAGAAACAGCAGCAACCUGACCGUGCACCGCCGCAGCCACACGGGUGAGCGGCCGUACCGCUGCGGCCUCUGCAACUACGCCUGCGCUCAGAGCUCAAAGCUGACGCGCCACAUGAAGACCCACGGCGCGCGGGGAGCCAAGGCGUCCUUUUUGUGCCAGCUGUGCUCGGUGCCCUUCACGGUUUACGCCACUCUGGAAAAGCACCUGAAGAAAGUCCACGGGCUGAGCCACGCCAGCGUGGGGGCGUACGCACAGGCCAGCGCCGCCGACACUUUGGCUGCCAUCAAAGCUGAAGAAGAAGUGGUGGUGGUGAAAAUGGAGGAAGAGGAGGAGGAGGAGGAGAAUGAAGCCAGUUUGGAUCAGGUGGAAAUUGAGAGGAAAAUUCAGCGGGGUCUCGCGAGAGGCCUGGAGGUGGAGGAGGGGCAAGUAGAGUACGCGGAGAACGGCGCCGCCAUGGUGGCCGAUCUCCCACUUGAGAGCAAGGCGGAGGCGAAAGCUUUGACUUCUGCGCCGUGAGAGCCGAUCUCGUUCGCUUACUGACAUUAAAUAUGUUUUGUAUGUAUAGGAUUGAGGUGGCCCAUACAAGUAAAAAGAAGAGGUACCAUUAUUGAACAGACCGUCAAGUAAAACUGGAAUCUAGUUUAAAGAAAUGCAGCAGCAGCAGCAGCUUCGUCUCUGCCGGCGCCGAGGAACACAGACACCACGUUGUUCACCAAUGUGUGCGAAGCUGCUGGUGGAGACUUAAGUGCCUACAGUUCUUUAGACCACAGAGAGAAAAAACGAGGCCAUGACAUUCAGCAGGGAGAUUACCAGAGCUCGUGAACAGGAAGUGAACCGCCACAGUCCACGCAGACACAGGAAACCAAUCACCAUGUUGCAGUGCAGGAUGCAAAGUACAAGUGAUUUAUAUCUCUGGCGAGCGACUGGACAGGUGUCAAUUCUCAGACAAUAUAGUAAAGGGAUUCUAUUAGCCAUAGAACGAUGUUAAUGUAUAUUCAGCAUCAGUAGACGGAGAAAGGUCAUGUUGUGUUUUCUUGCUGUUGCUGGUUUUCCUUUGAGAAUACCUUUUAAAGACUAGAAAUGUUUGAAGAGCCACGAGGGUGAAAAUAAUCCAAACACUGUCCGCCUGCAGUUUGUCAGGCUCCUCUUUUUAAAGGCGCUUAGAUGUCACAACACUUGUCACUUAUGUAAUGUUUACAGGGCUCCAGGAGCCUGGCAAGGUUGUGCUCCCGACUCUUUGACGGUCUGUAAAAAUGAUUUUCUGUUUUCAUAAUUUUAUAAAUCUGAAUAAGGAGAAUCUAAAAUCUAGCUACUGGUGUAUUUUUGUUGUUGUUUUUUUGUUCUUUGUUUCUAUGCAUACCCCAUUCGACCUUUUCCUCUUGCAAUUUUACCUUCAUGUGAAACGGGUGUGUAUGAUUUUCUCUAUUUGUACAUAUUGUGAUGGUAAUUUCUCUUUCGUUGUUUACAUUUGUACAGUGCCGGACGGCUUGAAGCUCGUGCAUGUUUUGCAGCCAUUUGAAACUGUUUUUUUAGUUGCCUGUGUUUUGAAUGAUUCCUAAUUUAUGGAUGCUGCAUGUUGGGAAUCGUGUAACUGCUGAACCAUUGGGUGAAACCUGCGAAUUUAACAACUCUACAGGUCAAAGUUGUCAAGUAUAGUGCUGCCAAGAUUUUUGUGACUACUGUGAGGACUUUGUGUGAUCUACUAGGGAAACUGUGUGAUGAGUGAUUGUGAACGAGUGCAGUGUAACUGUUCAGGGAUAAGGUGUUGUACAUAAGUUGACAUACUUGCUGUUGCUAUGCUUAUUAUUGUUAUUAUUAAUACGAGCAGCCUCCACUUUCCCGAGCAACGUCUCCUGUCUGCUGAGCCGCGGCUUUUGUUAAGCUCUGCUGUCUUUGUAAACUUGACACCAUUUUGUAAUUCAUCUUCUCAAGAGGAGCCUCAAUAAAGAUUUGAGGUGAAA